CAGCACCCCACUACAAAUUGGCAGGCGGGAGUAGCGCUCUGUCAGUAAGUCCAAGGACACUACACGUGGCUACAGUGGACUUAAAAGCUUGGGCUCGAAGGCAAGAGGAAUAUAUGACUAUCUAACCGUAGAACUUUACUUUGGAGUCACACGCCACAGUUUAGAUAUGACAAACAUCUCCUUUUCCAUGCCAAUGAGCGAACCAGGCUUUCAGCGCAAGCUUGGGACCGUUUGCAUCUUUGGGACGGGUGACUUUGGGCGGUCUCUGGGGCUGCGGCUGCUGCAGGCUGGGUACGGGGUGGUUUUCGGGAGCCGGAACCCCAAGAACUCCAGCCUUCUGCCCAAAGGCGCCCAGGUGAUGAGCCACGAGGAGGCGGCCCAGACCUCCAGGAUCAUCUUCGUGGCUGUGCACCGGGAGAACUAUGACUUCCUCCAACAGGCAGGGGGAGAGAUGCUGGCGGGGAAGGUCCUGGUGGACGUUAGCAACAACCUGAGGCGGAACCAGUACCCCGAGUCCAACGCAGAGCACCUGAGCAAGCUGGUUCCCGCCGCUUCCGUGGUCAAAGCGUUCAACACAGUCUCCGCGUGGGCGUUGCAGUCUGGCGGGCUGGAUGCAAACCGGCAGGUGUUAAUCUGUGGAGAUAACAGCGAGGCCAAGCAGAUGGUGGUGGACAUCGCGCGCAGCCUUGGCCUCACCGCGCUGGACAAAGGAUCGCUCAGGGCGGCCGGGGAGAUUGAAGACUACCCCCUGCAGCUCUUCCCUCUGUGGAGGCUCCCCAUCGCCCUGGCCACCGGCCUCACAGCCUUCAUAUUCUUCUACGUGCUCACCCUUGAUGUCAUCUACGCCGCCGUCAUCGAUGGGGAGGACAUCUCCUUCCGGAUCAUGGUUUCCCUGGCCAACAAGGUGUUCCCGAUUGUCUCGCUGAUCAUGCUGGCGCUGUGCUACCUUCCUGGGGUGAUGGCGGGAUUUCUGCAGCUCUACAACGGCACCAAGUACCGCCGUUUCCCCGACUGGUUGGACAGGUGGAUGCUGUGUCGUAAGCAGCUGGGCCUGAUUGCCCUGGCUCUCGCCUCCCUCCACGUCCUCUACACUUUAAUCAUUCCCUUCAGGUACUAUGUCAGGUACCGGGUCAACAUCUGGACCGCUGCUCAGAUCAAACAAAACAAAACAGGCACAUUCGACACCACCAUGGCCUGGCGCACUGACUCGUAUUACUCAGUGGGGAUCCUGGGAUUUGGCCUCUACGUCCUGUUGGGAAUAACCUCUUUGCCCUCCGUCAGCAACACCAUUAACUGGCGGGAAUUCCGAUUCAUACAGUCCAAACUGGGCCACCUAACUCUGUUCCUGUGCACGUUGCACACCUUCCUCUACGGCUGGGACAAGUUCCUGAGACCCUCCGCGUACAAGUGGUACCUUCCUCCCGGAUACAUGCUGUCGCUGGUCGUCCCCUGCGUCGUCCUGGUCCUCAAGUUUGUGCUCAUCACUCCCUGUGUGGACAGAGCAGUUACCAGGAUUCGGCAGGGCUGGGAGAGGAAGCCUGCAGGGUCGCUGGCUAACGGUGAUCCCAAAGGCAGGCGACUGCUCGUACUUUAGACCCUAAAAAAUGCUGCUCCUGUCUGGACAUUCCAAUGUACUGUGCACCCCUGCAAACACCCGCUUUUAUGAACUAAAACAGUGGUAUCCACUUACCUUAUAUAGGGUCAAGAUGUAGGGCAACAUUCUGUAUUUAGCACAGGCAAAUAUAUCUGUCUCUUAAGCAGGUCUGAGUAACUGAGAUAUGACUAACGCAAUAUGAAAAAAACUACUUUUGCAUUAAAAAUAUGAAUAAAGAAAUAAAAUCUGCCUAUUCCGCCUAUUCACAAUAACCUGCAAGUGAGAGGACCUCCAAUUGACAACCAACGUUCUGCAAGUAUUUUGCUUCCAAACAGACUAUAGCGAGAGCUGUUAUUUUUUCCAUUUCAGUUUUAUAUUUGACGAAGCCUGUAAAAUACAAAAAUAUUCAAUUUCAUAUCCUAUAAAUAUAUCUCUGUCCACUUCUAUAGAGCGAUAUAUAUUUUAACAUUAUAAAUGUUAUAUAUUUUGUAUAUACUUGCAAAUUACAUUUCUAAAAAAUCUAAAAAGGGUCCAAGGACAUGCAAUGUUGCAUGCCCAAACCUUACCUUUUUGUCUUUGUAAAUGUAUUAAAGGGUAAGCAAUUAAAAAAGAGUAAGAAAGUAUUAAUAUGCCAAUACAAACAUUUUUUCACCCAGUCUUUCUGCUUAGCAGAAAAUGAACAUAUUACAUAGUGGGAUGACAGCCGAAAUGGCAGCACAUCCCAUCUGCCAAGUUACAAGUUGGCAAAGCAUACCCCAUUUAUCAUAUUCACUCAAUGUGGUUUUAUAUGGGCUAGAUUUCAUAAGGCAUUGCAUGUGCAAAACAGAGGGUUAGGCCUCACAAGGGAAAGGUACUAACAAGUACUCUAGCUGGUCAAGUUCUCUAUCAAAAAUAUUUCUCUGGCAUAAUGUUUGAGCGUAUCUUGUCUCAUGGUAGUGACAUAAUGAACUCAAUCAAACCAAUUAGCUUUAAAUCAUUUCACAUUAUACAUUAUAUGUAUGUAUAUUUGAUAAUAGAUUGUAUGAUGUUUCAGAUUGUAAUAAAGUUCUUACAAACGAUGGAAUUUGUAUUCUUUAUGCAUGGCACAAAGCACCUAUGAAUCUCAAGUCCAAAAAGUUCAAUAGUGAUGUGCCUUUAAUAUAAUCAUUUUAUGUCACAUGGGUGUUGUGAUUGUAGAAUAAAUUGAAGUCUAUGCUG